AUGAGCUUCCCAGUGACGAGUGUGGCUGGGGGCGAUGGCUCCUGGGACAAGCUCCUGUCCCACCUGAGGGGCCUGGACCGGUGCCAGCUGGAGGAAUUCAAACUCGGCCUCCAGUCCCUGCGGCGGCUGCCCGGCUGCUCCCAGAAGAUCCCCUGGGCCGACGUGAAGGCUGCAGACCCCGCUGACCUGCUAUGUCUGCUGAAGGAGCACUUCCCAGGGCGGCAGGGAUGGGGCGUGACCCUCCGAAUCUUUGAGAACAUGAAUCUGAUUUCACUUUGUGAGGAUCUGAGAGCCGAGGUGAAUGCGCGCGCCGGGACGUACCGAGACAGGAUGAAGGCGAAGCUACUGGCCAUGUGGGACCGUGUCCCUUGGCCAGAAGACCACAUAUACCUCCGCAGUGUCACGGAGCAGGAGCAUGAAGAGCUUCGGCGUCUCCUGUACCCCGAGAGGACUGGAGCCCGGCCCAAGACCGUAGUCCUGCAUGGUGCGGCGGGCGUUGGGAAGACCACUCUGGCGACGAAGGUCCUGAUGCACUGGGCGGAGGGCUUACUCUUCCAACACAACUUCUCCUAUGUCUCCUACGUCAGCUGCCAGCAACUCCGAGAGGUCGGGGACACCACCUUCGCCAGCCUGCUUUCUCGGGACUCUCCUGACUCUCCGGCUGCUGUUGAAUACUUCAUGAGUCAUUCGGAGAGGCUCUUGUUUGUCAUCGAUGGCUUUGAGGAAAUGACCAUGCUCUCUGACCUGGACGGCAGCCUGCCAUGUCCAGACUGGGACCAGCAGCUCCCGGUGGCCAGGAUCCUACUCCACCUGUUGAAGAAGGAGCUGGCUCCCUCUGCUACCUUGCUGAUCACCACCAGGGACUGUCGCAGCGAAGAACUUAAACAACUGUUGCUGAAUCCGUGGUUUAUACGAAUCCCAGGGUUCACAGAGGGAGACCAGGAGGAGUAUUUCUUCAGAUACUUUGGGGACCAAAACAAAGCCAGGAACAUCUUGCAGUGGAUAAGAAAGCACGAAGCUCUAUCUUGUUCCUGCUGUGCUCCCCUCGUGUGCUGGACGGUGUGCUCCAGCCUGAAGCGACAGAUGGCUAGAUGUCCCUCUUUCCAGCUGGACGCUCAGACCCCCGCCCGUCUGUAUGCAUGUUUUUUCUCCAGCGUGUUUGAAACAGUGGAGGUGAGUUGGUCAAAGCAGAGCUGGUUGGAGCAGUGGCGAGCCCUCUGCUCUCUGGCUGCCGCUGGGAUGUGGUCUUCCAACUUCACGUUUGCAAAAGAGGACAUUGAGCAUCGGCACCUGCAGGCGCCUCUGAUCGAUUGCCUCUUCAGGCUGAAUAUUCUUCGAAAGGCUAGUGACUGUGAGGACUGUGUCACCUUCACUCACCAAAGCUUCCAGGUGUUUUGGGGGGCUCUGUUCUACGUGCUGAGAGGAACGGAAGGAGCCAUCGGGGGUCUCUCAAAGCAUCAAGAGAUGAAGGUGCUCCUGAACGAUGCCUUCGUGGACACAAACUCCUACUGGCACCAGAUGGUUCUUUUUUUCUUCGGUCUCUUGAAUAGAGACCUAGCAAGAGAAGUGGAAGAUACUUUGCAUUUUAAGAUGUGUCCGACGGUGGUGGAUGAGUUAUUAAAAUGGGCAGAAGAGCUAUCCACGUCCGAUGUGAUCUCCUGCAGUUUUGAAUGCCUUCUGUUUUUCCAGUGCUUGUACGAGAUGCAGGAGGAGGCCGUGGUCAAGCAGAUGUUGAGCCACGUCCUUGAAGCAGACCUGGAUCUUGGGGAUCUUCAAUUCCAGGCUAUUUCGUAUUGUCUAAAGCAUUGUCAAAGGUUAAGAAAGCUAAGGCUCUCUGUCAGCUGUCACAUCCCUCGAACAGAGUCGACUGUCAAACGGGAAACGCUUGUCAAUUCUAAGCUACAACAGUGGCGGGACGUCUGCUCCGUGUUCCACAGUGGGAACCUGAGUGAGCUGGACCUGAGUAACAGCAAGCUGAGCGCUCUGUCUAUGAAAACACUCUGCUACGAGCUGAGAAACCCAAGGUGCAAACUCCAGAAACUGACGUGCAAAUCAAUAACCCCUGUCACGGUCCUGAAGGAACUUGUCCUGGUCCUUCAUGGUAACAGCCGGCUGACCCACCUGAACUUGAGCUCAAACCGCCUGGGAGUUACGGUGUCCACGAUGAUUUUUAAAACCUUGAGGCACUCGGCGUGCAACCUCAAGUACCUGUGCCUGGAGAAAUGCGACCUGUCGGCGGCCAGCUCGGAGGCGCUCGCCUCGGUUCUCACCAGCACGCAGCGAACAGCCCGGCUGAGCCUGGGAUUCAAUCCGCUGCAAGACGACGGUGUGCGGUGGCUGUGCGCCUCCCUGCGGCAGCCCGACUGCGCCUUGGAGAGGCUGGCGCUCUGCUGCUGCCAGCUCGGCGUGCCCAGCUGCAGGCACCUGUCCGACGCUCUCCGGCAGAACCGGAGCCUGACUCACCUGAACCUGAGGAAGAACCAGCUGGGCGACGAGGGGGUGCGGUUUCUGUGCGAGGCGCUGCGCCGACCCGACUGCCUGCUGCAGAGCCUGGAUUUGUCCGAGUGCAGUUUCAGGGCGGAGGGCUGCCGGGCGCUGGCGGCCGUGCUGGAGCGCAAUCGCCGCCUGAAGGUGCUGGACAUCGGGCGGAACCGCGUUCAGGAUGCCGGAGGGCGGCGUCUGUGCCAGGCUCUGACGCGCUCGGGCUGCGCGCUGAGCACACUCGGGAUGGAGAAGUGCAGCCUGACUUCCGCUUGCUGCCGGCACCUCUCCUCGGUUCUCGGAGGCAGUAAAAGCCUGGUUACCCUGAACCUCCUAGGAAAUGCCUUGGGGCCCGCCGGCGUCAACACGCUGUGGAAGUCCUUGAAAAAGCCAACAUGCAAACUACAGACACUCGGGUAA